AUGACCAUGUCCUGUCAAGAGAUGGACCCUUUGGGCAUGUACAUGGAGCUUAAGCUCGACCCGUUCAUUAACGAAGACAUGAAAGACUUCAGCUGGGACUCGGAUUUGGAUCAGGAUAUUACCGACGCGCUGAGAGGCACAGAAGACACGUCCGAUUGGCUGAUCGAUGCAAACGGCCGGUCGAAUUCUCACGUGGUACUGCACGACCGUCUGAUAACCGACGCUGUGAUAUUUAAUGCCCCUAUCAAGGCCGAACACUCGUAUUGUACUACACACGGGUCUAGCGAAUCACUGGACGCUAUAGAUUUGGACGAAGAUAGCAGUCAGGACGGAACUUGUAAGCUGACGUUUGAUGAAGUGAGAUGUGAUCGUACCGGUAACAUUGAAAUGAUUAGUAUCAAAGAGGACACGACUUCAAUAAAAGACGAACCGAUGAGUGACCAGGAAUAUGUUGAGACUUCCUCUUGCCCUCCAUCACCGUGUUCUGCAUCUGACGAUACUCCCAGACAUUACGGCAAGGUACAAAAAACCAGUUACAAAGAACCAACCACAGUCGUAUUGACCUCCAGAGCUUUCCUCAACCAACCGCACAGAUUAAUCGUCCCAAACUUCGGUCUGAAAAUGGAUGGCACAGGUUUUUCACUGCCACCCACGCCACCUUCGUCCACGUCCAGCGAUAGCGAGGGCGGUAACGUAUCACCGCACCACCGAUCGUCGCCCACACGGCGGUUGUUCCUGUCGACGAUGUCGUCGUCGUCCUCGUCGUCCUCGUCUUUAGCGGCCGCCUCCGCUACCAUCACCAGUAGCCGGCAGCCUAUACAGACGCCUUUGAUCAGCUGUCAGCCGAAAGGUUCUACCGGUGUACUGACGCUCACGGAAGAGGAGAAACGCACCCUACUGGCCGAAGGCUACCCGAUACCUACCAGGUUGCCAUUGACCAAGGCCGAGGAGAAGUCGUUAAAGAAAAUCCGAAGGAAAAUUAAAAACAAGAUAUCGGCGCAAGAGAGCCGACGCAAGAAGAAGGAAUACAUGGAUACUUUGGAGAGGAAGGUGGAUAUUCUCGUCACCGAAAAUUGCGAGUACAAAAAGAAAAUUGUCAAUCUUGAAGAGAGUAAUGGGUCCCUAGUCCAGCAACUUCAAAAGUUGCAGAAAUUACUCGGGCUACAAGCAACCCACAUCAGUCAGCAACUGAAGACCAAAUAA